CUUACACUAUUUUAUGUUAGUUUAGUUGCAGCAGUUUAAGGAGCAUGAAAGUUGUGUGUUGGCCGGUUGGUUGUUUCCCUAUAUCUAAAACAAGGUUUCUUAUCUUAGCCUCUCAUAUGGCUGAAGGGGAAUCAAAGCAUUAAUUUGAAGAAGAAAACCAUGGAAGGUGAAAUCAACAACUUCAUUAUGGUAUGGACAACUGUGUUGUGUUGUCUAUGUUACUGUCACACCAUUAACGGGCUCUUUCCCAAACCUAGUUUCACAAGAUUUUUCGCUAUUUUCCCGGUUGCCUGUCUUUUUCUUGUUCUGCCACUCAAUCUCACCUCCAUUCAUCUUGCUGGCACUUCCGCUUUCUUCAUUGGGUGGCUGGGAAGCUUUAAGCUCACCCUUUUUGCCCUUUGCAGAGGCCCUCUGUCCUCCACCCCUCCCCUCCCCCUCUCCACUUUUAUCCCGUUUGCCUGUUUGCCGAUAAAGGUUCAACGGCGCAAGAAAGUGGCCGGAAAUUUUAAGUUUUCCGGCAGCCUGAGGAAGCUGGUUUUGCUGGGCGUGGUGUUUCUUGUGUAUUACUAUAAAGAAUUUCUUCACCCUAAAGUGUUUCUGCUGUUCUUCGUUAUCCAUCUCUACAUUGUGCUUGAGUUUAUGUUGUUUAUGGUUAGCGGUUUGGUCCGGGCGGUUUUCCGGGUCGAGCUGGAGGCGCCGUUCGACGAGCCGCACUUGUCGACUUCGUUGCAGGAUUUCUGGGGGAGGAGAUGGAACGUGAUGGUCACCAACAUCCUGCGACCCACCGUGUACGACCCGGUCCGGUCGGUGUCGGCCCGGUUUUUGCCGGAGAGUUUGGCCUCGCUCCCGGCGGUGAUGGCGUCGUUCGUGGUCUCCGGGAUCAUGCACGAGCUGGUGUUCUAUAACAUCGGGAGGGCGACGCCCACCGGGGAAGUCAUGUCGUUCUUCCUCGUCAACGGCGCGUGUGUGGCUCUGGAGAUCGGCGUCAAGAGAGCCGUCGACGGGAAGUUUAGGCUGCCCGGAAUAGUCUCCGGCCCGCUGGCGCUCACGCUCGUGAUUCUGACCAGUUUUUGGCUCUUCUUUCCGCCGUAUUUUAGGAACAAGGGAGACACCAAAGCAUGCGCAGAAUCCUUAGCUUUCAUUGAGUUUGUCAUCAAUCAUAGACUUGUCAGUCCAGAAAGUAUGACUUGCCAAUUUUUUUCAAUCUCUAUUUAAUA